UCGAAACCAAACUUUGUCACAUGUGGUAUUAGUAAUCGUAUUCAGCUUGCCAAGAACGUAAAUAGUGUAGUAAAUUAUGGAAAUAAAAGAGACUGCUGAAAACGACCUAUUCGAACAGCUAACUGAAUUAUGUAGAAAACUAGCCUUUAGGGAAAAGAAGGAUAUUAUUUUGCGCCGUAAUGUAUUGAAAGAAAUAGAAAAUAUUAUAAAGAAGGAAACGAUUUCGUUUCAAGAAGAUCAGAAUGCAUUUGAAAACAUAUUAAAAUAUAUUGUUUCUUCCGUGAGUGAUGACAACGAGAGGUGCCGUGAAAUAUCUGUUAACAUUUUAAAUGUAAUAAUUGAUCAUUCAUGUUUAUCUGAAAAUUUGUUUUCCCUGAUUAUCGGUGCACUGGCCGCGCGUUUAGGAAAGACAGAUGAAAGAGAACCUUCGGAAGAAGUUAGACUAUUGGAAGUUCAGUUAUUGCAUACUCUUAUAAAGAAAUAUGAAGGAGAUAUUUUGAAGUAUUUAAAUGAUUUAAUUAAAAUUUUGUCAUCUUGUAUCGUUGACGAUUGUCCUGAAAUAAAGAGAAAAAGUUGUGAAUGUACUUCUCUUUUAGCUUGUAAACAAAAAACACAUUUUCAUAUGGUAUCUUCUAGUCUGUUAAAACCUCUUUUACAAACUAUAUCUCACCAGCAUUUUAAAACAAGGACAUUGUGCAUUUAUGCAGUUGGUUCUGUAAUUAGUUUUGGAAGUGCUCAAGAUUUUGAAAAUGCUGUUACUCAUUUGGCGCAGAGACUAUUUGAUCAGUCUCCUAUUGUACGAAUGGCUGCCACAGAAGUCAUUGGAGAUUGGCUUUUGACAUUUAAAGACCGAUAUUCUUUUUUUCAUUAUUUGAUUCCUCUAAUGUUGUCUGCCCUUCAUGAUGAUGUGCCAGACAUAAGGAUAAAAGCUUCUGAUUUAUGGAAAAAAUGUGGCGAACAAUAUCUAAGUGAAAAUGAAAAUGAUUAUAAAGAUCUCAUAGAUUUUCCAAGACCAGAACCUGAGAACUAUCCAAAUUCAGGAAACCGGCCUUUAGUGGGAUGCCGUAUUUUAGUUCAAAGGAAUCUUCCUAAAAUUCUUCCUGCAUUGUUGAAUGAUCUUGCAGAUUGGGUUGCAGAAACUCGAAUCAAAUCUUCAAAAGUUUUGUAUUCCCUCAUUUUACAUUCUGAGGACAAAGCAACAAUGCAUUUGUCAUCUAUUAUUGAAGGUAUUAUUUCCAUUGCAAAGGAUGAAGUUAAAGAAGCAGCUGAACAAGCUUUAAGAUCAGCUGAACUGUUGGGUUUUUUUAUAGAUGCCAAUCUUCUGUGUGAUAGUAUCAUGGUUCUUAUUCAUAAAACCCCAUCAUCUGUACAUUUAAGUGUGUUUGCUGCUGUGCUUAGAGGUCACAAAGGAAAACUGUCUAAAGACUGUUUUGCAGGAAUUUGUAAAUUGCUUUCAGAUCCUUUAGUUUGUAGAGUACGAAAGGCAGAAGAACAAGCUAAUUUAUUACUUUGCAUUGAAGGACUGCUUACAUCUCACAAUGAGAUUAAUCCCAUAACCAGUUAUCAAAUAUUCACUACAUUGAUGUCAGUUUCUGGAUUAACAACAAGUGAUGCCGUCUCAAAAAAGGCUGCUGAUCUUAUGGAAGGUUUAGCCAAUUUACAGGAAUGCUCUUGUAUAAGCUUGUAUAAAAUGCAUUCUGUUUCAUUAUUGAAGAUUAUGACAGCCAACAAUGAAUUAUGGACUUACCAAAAUCCAGAACUGUUCAUUUUUGAGUCUUUGGUGCAAUCAGGAAAUCUUGAAGAGGAAUCAAUUGAGUUAAUCAUCCCAGUUUUAACUAAUAAUCUCCAUCCAAGCAAAGAUGCUAAACUCCGUAGCAAAAUAUUGUCACUGUUGAUUGAAAUAUUCAAAACAUUCUCAGCCAAAGAUGAAAAAAUAUCUGAUAAGAUCAUGGAUUUAAUUCAUGAAGGAUUAUUCCCCAACCUAACAUGGGCACCUGGUAAAACUGCCAGUACUCUAAGGACAAUAGCAGGAGCAAGUCUGUAUGAAAUCCUCAGCAAAAAUUGUCUCACUGAUGCCAUGUUUAAACCUAUAGCAGACGAGCUUCUUUCUAUUCUUGCUACUCUUGCAGAUGAUGAUGAAACAUCUAAUAGACUUUUAGCAGGCAAAAUUUUUGAAAAUAUUUUACCGAAACUUCACACUUGUGUUGACGAAAACAAAAUACAUGCAACAUGUCACGAAUUUCUGCCAUGCAUGGAUGAUGAAUCUGAUGAUAUUAGAAUGCUAACUAGUAGCAUUCUUAAAACAUACAUUACAUCAUUUCCAAAAGAUUAUAACUGGCAAAUGUAUCGAGCACAUCUGAAGCAUAUAUAUGAAACUGCUGUUAUCCAUAUGGAUGAUAAAAAUGAAAAGAUUAGACUGAGAAUUUUAAGCUUUCUAAAAGAAGUUGCAUUUGCUGCUCCAGAUCUUCUUUUAAAUGAACUGGAAUCUAAAAAAUAUAUGAUGGAAGCAGGAGAUCUCUGUGAUAACCUUACUGAGCAUAUUAGAAGUUUAAAUGUGACAGGUGUUUAAAUUGCUAAAAUCCCAAUAUUUUAUGUAAAAAUUUCUAGAUAAAUUUUUUUUCAUUUA